CCGCGUCCCACCCCCGCUGAUCAGAGAUGGGGGCCGGCUGGUGAAGGGAAGAGGAAACUUUGAAACCACUGGGGACACAUCUGUCUAUAGACCUAUUGCGAACGCCCAGAGCCGCCGAAGGAACGCCAACGUCUGGGCCGGACACUAAGAGUUAAGAUGUGGCGGAGGGGGCGGCGGGGGAGGGGCGGGGAGGGGAAAGUGGUGAGGGGGAGGGAGGCUGGGGGACGACAGAUUUCCAGCUUCUACGACGCUCUGCCUAAAUUAAAAAGCAACCAAUCGGAACGGCCGGAAGGGGGGCCUCGCGUCCUGAGCCAGUCAUUCCGAGCCUGCCAAUCACCCAGCGGGUAGCCAAUCAGCGGGGGCCCUGGUGCUCGACUUCCUUGUAUUUGGGAAAGUGUGGUGGUGGGUGCGCGCUCGCGGCGGAGGGUAAACAUUCGACAGUCCCCGCUCUGAGAGGGAGGGACAGAGAGCGAACUGUCAGAUCCGAGCGAGAGCGGGCGCCCGAGAGAGGGAGAGAGAGAGGGAGGGAGAGGGAAAGUGAGAGAGGGAAAGAGAGCGCGAACGAGGGCGCAGAGCGAGCUCCUGCUGCAACUCUGCUCCAGCACGGCCAGCGCCAGCGCCCGCCGUCGGUGCACUCUACGAGCCGUGCAACGUGCCCACUGGAGUUGUUGUGUAUCAAGGAUCGAUCCCCUAUAUGCACACACACACCUCCACCUCCACCAAUGCACUCUUCUUCCUCCUCCUUCUCCAGACAACUGCUGGGAAAAAAAUAAAACAACCCCAACCGUCAGCAACAAGGUAACAGAGCGAUUCGACAUCAUUUUUUUCCUGUUCAAUUUUUUCCUUGUUAUAUUUGUUUCCUAAUUUCUGCCCAAAAGGAAAGAUGUCGCAUCAGACUGUGACUGUUGCGAGGAGAAUGAAAAAGGACUCUUGUUUCAGAGGCAACCAAGAGCUCCGGCAAUAGCAACUUCAGAGAAAUGCACCAUCGCAAGAAGUUUUCCUAGGACAGAACAAAACUUGAAACGAGAGGACCAGAGCGGGAGAGCAGGAGCCAGCCUCCCCUCUCCGCACUCGCGAGCAGCCAGCAGCACCACGCCUUCAAGGACGAAAAAGUUUUACUACUCUAAGGGAAAACGAGUGAAAUGUGUUCCUGAGGAGGAGAGGAGAGAGCGGACAAGAGGAGUGGGCCGGUUGCUGGUCAUCCGUAAUUUGGCUAAGGAAGAAAGGAGCAGCUUCUUUCUUUGUUAUCUCCCGUGAAACCUUCACUUAGCAGGUGGACGGAGCCCCGCGGCCGGGCAGAGUCCGGGCUCGCCCGAGGACAGGAGGAGGAGCGGGAGCCCGUGCGUCCCGGGAGAGCGCCCCGAGUGCAGGUCCCCGCCCCGCCCAGCGAGCCCCGCUGGAGCGAGCCCAGCGCGCCGGGGCUGGGGGGCGGCCACGACCCCCCCUGAAGGGGGUGGCCACGGAGCGCACCCCGAGAAGCGAGCCCCCCUCCCCAGAGCGCUGCUCCUGCGGCUGCUGCUGCUGCUGGUGACCAAGGCCGGCCGGCGACCCCCGCGCCCUGCCGAGCGGCCUUGCAGCUGCAGCCGGGGGCCGCGGCGGCGGCGGCGGCGGCGGGGGCGGAGGCGGCGGCGGAGGAGGAGGCGGCGAAGGCGGCGGGGCCGGCGGGGGCCCGGGGCGGGGGCGGGGAAGGAGGGGGGAGGAGGCGGGAGGCGGGGGGCGCGGCGGCGGCGGCGGCGGCGGUGGCCGCGGCUGCUGCUGCGGCGGCGGCGGUGGUGGCGGCGGUGGGGUGGCGGGAGCGGAGCGGCAUGGCCACGGCGGCUUCUAACCCCUACCUGCCGGGGAACAGCCUGCUCGCGGCCGGCUCUAUUGUGCACUCGGACGCGGCAGGGGCCGGCGGCGGCGGGGGUGGCGGCGGCGGCGGCGGCGGGGGCGGUGCAGGGGGCGGGGGCGGCGGCAUGCAGCCGGGCAGCGCCGCCGUGACCUCGGGCGCCUACCGGGGGGACCCGUCCUCUGUCAAGAUGGUCCAGAGCGACUUCAUGCAGGGGGCCAUGGCCGCCAGCAACGGCGGCCAUAUGCUGAGCCACGCGCACCAGUGGGUCACAGCCCUGCCCCACGCCGCCGCCGCCGCCGCCGCUGCCGCCGCCGCCGCCGUGGAAGCGAGCUCGCCGUGGUCGGGCAGCGCCGUGGGCAUGGCUGGCAGCCCCCAGCAGCCACCGCAGCCUCCGCCGCCACCGCCGCAGGGCCCCGACGUGAAGGGCGGCGCCGGGCGCGACGACCUGCACGCGGGCACAGCGCUGCACCACCGCGGGCCGCCACACCUCGGACCCCCGCCGCCGCCCCCACACCAGGGCCACCCUGGGGGCUGGGGGGCGGCCGCCGCUGCCGCAGCCGCCGCCGCAGCCGCCGCCGCCGCCGCGCACCUCCCGUCCAUGGCCGGGGGCCAGCAGCCGCCGCCGCAGAGUCUGCUCUACUCGCAGCCCGGAGGCUUCACGGUGAACGGCAUGCUGAGCGCGCCCCCGGGGCCCGGCGGCGGCGGCGGCGGCGCGGGCGGUGGAGCCCAGAGCUUGGUGCACCCGGGGCUGGUGCGCGGGGACACGCCGGAGCUGGCCGAGCACCAUCACCACCACCAUCACCACGCGCACCCUCACCCGCCGCACCCGCACCACGCGCAGGGACCCCCGCACCACGGCGGCGGCGGCGGCGGCGCGGGGCCUGGACUCAACAGUCACGACCCGCACUCGGACGAGGACACGCCGACGUCGGACGACCUGGAGCAGUUCGCCAAGCAGUUCAAGCAGCGGCGCAUCAAGCUGGGCUUCACGCAGGCCGACGUGGGGCUGGCGCUGGGCACACUCUACGGCAACGUGUUCUCGCAGACCACCAUCUGCCGCUUCGAGGCCCUGCAGCUGAGCUUCAAGAACAUGUGCAAGCUCAAGCCGCUGCUGAACAAGUGGCUGGAGGAGGCGGACUCAAGCACCGGCAGCCCCACAAGCAUCGACAAGAUCGCGGCGCAGGGCCGCAAGCGCAAGAAGCGGACCUCCAUCGAGGUGAGUGUCAAGGGCGCGCUGGAGAGCCACUUCCUCAAGUGCCCCAAGCCCUCCGCGCAGGAGAUCACCAACCUGGCCGACAGCCUGCAGCUCGAGAAGGAGGUAGUGCGGGUCUGGUUCUGCAAUCGGCGCCAAAAGGAGAAGCGCAUGACGCCGCCCGGGAUCCAACAGCAGACGCCCGACGACGUCUACUCGCAGGUGGGCACCGUGAACGCCGACACGCCGCCGCCGCACCACGGGCUGCAGACGAGCGUUCAGUGAAGCCAGGGCGCAGAGCGAAGAGGGCCGCCGCCGCCGCCGCCUCCGCAGCCGCCGUCAGCACCGCCGCCGCCCCCGCCGCCGCCGCCGCCGCCGCCGCCGCGCCGACCCUGCACCUGGGCCGCUCCGGGCUCCAGCCCAGGCCCAUCCGCCGCCCUCCCCUCCACCCAGAGACAGGCAUGCCCGCCCUUGGAGGAGGAAACGCGGGAGAAACGGACCAAGGAGGCAUUUUUGCAGUCCAAGGAAGGAGGGGCCAAAAAAUAAAAAGCAUAUUAAACACCCAGACUGUUUUAUAUAAAUAUAUAACAAAAUCAGAAGAGAAAAAGGGGGCGAUCAUGAGAUCUCGUUUAUACUGUGGUGGUGUUUCGUUUUUGUUUUUGUUUUUAAAGAAGGGUGAAGAUGCCUGACGCACGAAAACUGCACUCGUGAGGUUUUUCCACCCUGAGAUGACCUACACGGCAGCGGUGGACAGCACCUGCCUCGUCUUCUCCUCUUUGAAAAAAGAGAGAGAGAGAGUCCCCUUUCCUUUCACUUUCUCCCUCCAACACAGCUGCCUAAAGAGAUCCACGGAAACUUUAUUUCCUGGGAGCGACCUGAGAGAAAACAGAGGCACCAGGUUCCAUCAGGGGACGACACCGUGCUCUGGGACCCUGUUUUUCUUGGGCAUAUUAAAGUCACUUGGAAACAAACAAAUCAACUCUGAAAUGGGAAGGAGGGGGGAAAAACAGUCUCCAAGAAAAAAAAUAAUUAUAUUGACAGCUUCUGAAACUAACAGACUGAAUAGCAAAGCCAAAAGAAAAGUAUCCUCAAAGUAACCUUGGAAAUAAAAGCAUCGGGAAGGAGCAGAGGGAGAGGGGGACGUCCGCUAAGGAGUGGCGAGAGGCCCCAGCCGAGUCGGGUCGCGGGCGGGCGGGCGGACUGGGAGCAGAGCGGAGGCCCAGCCAGCGAGGCCGCCGAGCCAGGCCCGGCCGCGUACCCAGGCUUUGACGGCUGCCAUUCAGGGUGGACGAUGCCUAAAGAUUCCACCGCUAAUAUUUUUUUUAUUAAUAUUUUUUAUUUUUUAUUUCUGGACUGACUCAGAUAAAGGAAUUUAGAAGGACUGAGCACCAGCCGCUGCACUUCUCUGGACUUCUCUCCUCAAUCCGUUGCCAACUUUGAUUGAAUGGGUGCUGUGGAUGUGAUUAUAUAAUACUGCCAUUUCCAAGCAGUGUUUUUGGUAGGUUUUAAUAAACAGACUUUUCAAAAGACGGCAAUAUAGAAUUGUUAGAUCCGUUGUUGAUCUAAAAAUAUUUGCUUUAUAUUUUCAUUAAAUGACUUCUUUUAAUAUUUUAUUCAGAAUACUUAUGAACUGCUGCAAAACGGUAAUUUAUUUUUCCCCAGAUCUUGUAUUACGUGUUUUUUUCAGACGAGCACAAAUCAAAAUGAAAUGAAAAUAUGGACAGUUGUUAGGUAAUAAGGGUAUCUUUUGAUGUGAUCAUUUGAUUGUAAUUUAAUUUGAGUAGUGAUUCCGUAAGAGCUGAUCGAGAAAAUAAAUUUGUUAGAAUGAAA